UGCAAAGUUGUUUUUCUUUUUCACUCAUGUCCGUCUUAUUGGAAUGUUUUGUUUUUCUUAUUAAAAAAAAAACGCAGAUGAGUUUAUAUCAACUUGAUGGAUGCACUUGCAAAUUCUCAUCAACUGUCGAAGUAUAUUGAUAUUACACGCAGGUUUAUAACAGUCAAAACACUGAUCCUAAGCUGACGAGAUGGACUUGAGCAUGGCAGUUACUGUAAAUACGCACAGACUAUAUGAAUAAGAAUAUGGUUAUGAAAAUGAAAUCUAUAUAAUAAAGUUUCACUACCUCAUUAACUGAUAUGGAGACAUGUGUAUUUAUACAAGAGAGAAACAUAGGGAUUUGCAACGAAACCAGUAUGGCUGUGAAUCAGGUUCUGUUGAUUUAUUUUAAUGGAAUCAAAACAAUUUACAUGUGUUAAUUGCAGACUGGGACUGAUUAAUCAAAUGAAGUUAAGUUGUGUACAGACAUAGUUUUAAAACAGUUAGAGACAUCAGUAUGAACAAAGGAACAAGCUAAAUGCUGUCUGAAAUAGUAUAGACAUGAAACACAGAGAACAGCAAAGAUGGAGCAGACAGGAAAGCAAAUCAUUCAAUCCUUAGGUCACCAGCAUACUCAUUAAAGUAACAGCGAUGGCAGACUCUUAUGUGUGUAAGAAAUGUGGAAAAGUGGCAAAGACGAAGCAGGCUCUGGAAAGACAUGCUGCCUACCACGAAGAUGAAAGGCCGUUUGCUUGUGAGGUCUGUCUCCAACGGUUCAAGAACUCGGAUGACAGAGGGAAGCACUACCGGCGUCUUAGACGGGACAGCAAGUUUAAUAUUGCUUGUACCGUUUGCCACAAACACUUUAAGUCCCAUGAAAUUCUUCACAAACAUUUGGAAAUAUUGGGCUGCCUGUCCAAAGCCAACAACGAAGACCCCGGUGGUAGUGAUGUGAAGAUUGAAGCUCUAAACGAUGAAGCUACAGGAUCUGAAACUAUUGUUGAAGAGGUUCUAAAAGAUGCUAAAUCGACUGAGUCAUGUGUACCAGAUCAAAAGUUAGUGAAGUGUGUGUGUAAGAUCUGUCCUGCAGGGUUCUUAGAUGUCGAUAGUCUUAAAACUCACUAUAAAAUAGUGCAUAAUGAGACUAAGAGACAAGUUUGCUUGCAGUGUGGGCAGACACUUAGCUCAAAAGACAGUCUGGCAAGGCAUUUCAGCAUAUUUCAUCAGCAAGAUUAUCCAUAUCAAUGUUCCCUAUGUGAUCAGAAGUUUAAGAUAAAGGAAGGAUUAUGCCGCCAUAUUAAAUUUGUUCACAAAGAUAAAGGAUAUGAAUGCGAUAUUUGCCAUAGGAUAUUUAGCCAGCCAGUCAACCUUAAAAAGCAUAUGGCUGUGCAUACAGCAGAAAAAGAGUUCUUGUGCACAUUUUGUGGGAGAGAGUUUAGAUGGAAGCAGGCGCUUCAAAAACAUAUGCUUUUGCAUCAAAAUGGAGCUAAAAUGGUAGGAAAGGUUGACAAUAUGGGUAUAAAUUUAUGCCAAAAACAUGAUGAUUUGGUGAAGCCAGAGGAAGGCUUUGUAAAUGAUAAAUCAGAGAUACAUGUUUUAAUUCAUGAUGAUGAUGAAGAUGACGAUAAUAAUGACGAUGAUGAUGAUGAUGAUGAUGAUGAUGAUGAUGAUGAUGAUGCUCAAAGUGAUAGUUUUGACUUGCCUGAAAUUUUGAGUGUAAGUGGUGCGAUAAAAAACGGAGGCAUUGACUUAGAACUCAAUAAACAUUCAAGAAAUGUGAAUGAACCUGUAGAGUUUAAUUCAAGCCCUGUUCCUUCAGACGUUACGAAAAGCAAACAGAUAUGCUCUGACGAAAUUAAUGAUUCUUAUAAUUACAUUAUUGUUAAUGAUGCUAUAGCGUGUGAAGAAGAUACUAAUGAAGAAACUAUUUUAAAGGAAACAAAUCAAGAUACAUCAAGCUUAAAUAUUGAUACAACAAAUCUAAGAAGAAAACGAAAAAGUAGUGAACAAGCUUUACACCUCGAACCUGGAAAAUUCUCAAAAGUUUAUGAGUUUGCCAGUAUAGUUUCAAACUACACCAGCAAACAAGAUGAACUGGAUAACUUUGAUAGUAAACAAAAAACACAUGUUCAUUCGCUGAAUAUUGGUCAGGAUAAAGUUAUCAAACAUAGCAACAGUAAUGACUGCAUUGAAAUUGAUGAUGAUUCUGAUGGUGAUGAUGCUUACUCGGAAGAAUCCCAUAGACAGUCAUCAAUGUCUAAACACCUCACUAGCGUUCCAGCAGAGAUGGACAAGGAUGCUCCUCCAUGGUAUUUCAAACCUGCGUUUAUUCACAAAAUAAUGUCAAAGCCGAAACUUUAUUCUGACGAGGAUAGCAACGAUUUUACUUAUUCAAAUACAAAGACUGCAUUGGUUUCACCAGAAAUCUCAGAGAGAAUAAGACAGGAGCAAUUGUUAGCUAAGAAAUUCCAGGUCAAGGUUAUGAGUCCCACCUCUCAGGCAAUCAUUUCCGGACGGACAACCAGCGCUGUAGAGGCUAACAAUCAAAGCACAGCAAAUAAACCAAAUGGUAAGAAAAUGACCAAUACCGGAAUGUUAAAAUCAGAAGAGCGUGGUCUUGGAAAAUUUUCUUUGGUGAAACACAUGUUGUCGUUGCAAAAUGAAGACAAUUUUGACAAAGCAAUAUUUCGAAAUCCAUUGUACAGUGCCCCAGCAGAUAUAAAUGGGUUUAAGAAGUUAGUUGAGAGACAUAAAAUCUCUGCUGGUGCUGAUGAUGAUCUUUAUGAUUUAUCUGCCAAGCAAAAUAUUCCAUUCAUGUGGCUGGGAAUGAAAAAGACGUCUAUGACAACAGACAAUAAACGUAAACAUGAAAACCAACAUGCUGAAAGAAAAGGUUCCACUGACGAAGCACUGCAUUCGUGUGAUUUGAGCUCUAAGAACGUGGAUAGUGUAAAACGAGGUAACGAUGAAGAUGUCUGUCGAAAUAGAUCAACAGCAGAGGUGUUUUAUCCUACCGAGGAAAUUAAUCAAAUGGUAGAUGAUAAUGUACAGCACGAACGUGACUCCUCAAAUAGACACAAGCACUUGUUUCAACGUGAUUUCUCGUGGGAUAAAACGCAAUCAAGUCUAAAUCAUACCACAUCGCUUCAACCAUAUGAUUAUAGUAAAACCCACGAGUCUACCAAUCCACAAGAAAGUGGACACCUGAUAGAUACAAGUCAAACACACACUCAAGCGAAGGAAAUGCGAGCUACUCAAACUAGGCCACACGUUAUGUCUAACGAAGUGUCGGCAACACAAACUAGCCCACACGUUUACUCUAAUGCAGUCUCGGCAAAUCAAAUAAGACCACAUGUGUCUUAUACUGGAUCGACUUGUAGGACGGCAAUGUUUAACAGGCAUGAUUGUCACACAAAGUUUAGCUUUACACCGGGUGAUGCGUCUAUGUUGAACAACCCAUUUGUUCUCUCAACCUCAGUUCAAGAUUUUUCACUUAAAUCUCAAAAUCAAUGCUCAGAUAUUUAUCCAGAGAAACCGUCAGUACACAAACCGUGUUGUGAUUUAGGUAGCAGAUCGCCAAGGACACAGGCAAGUGUGUUGUACAGUUCACCCGGAAAUAACACCACGCAUGAAACACCCGCCCAUACAACAGAACUAUCCAAUCAAACUCAGUUUCAAACACAAGUACAAGGCUCUAAAUUACCGUCAUCAUUCCAUGCCGACUCCCAUCUUGUAAAGAGACAGAACUCGUAUGCAUCUUCAUCCGAACAGCAGCCGCAGUUGUUAAAUCGACAACAUUCCUUAACAUUUCGUCAUUCUGGUGAUAACACAUACACUGCCAUUAAAACGAAAGAACUGGGAAUCAGUGACUUGGAUGAAGAAAGAUCUGUAAAAUAUGAUACGGCGAACGCGCAUUUAUUUGCUGAUUCAAAUACUGUUCGGUAUACAAAUCGAGACAUAGCUGUUGAAUCCAACGGAAAAAGUGGUGCAUUGAAGAACGACAAGCCACGUGCAAACGUUGUAAACCUACAGCACAUAAGGACUUGAACUUUAAAUGGUCUGCGUUGACAGGACUUAGUGCCAUAACUUGAUCUAAUGGAAAUUGGGGUUUUUAUAUCCCCGACAAACAAAGUUUGAGGGGGUAUUUUGGAGUCACCUUAUGGUCAGUCGGUCGGUGUUCAGUCUUUUGCAUUUUUUCUUGUCCGGAGCAUAACGUAACGAAAGUAGUUUUAUCAGUAUAUUAUUACAAAAUGUUUAAAAUCAUUAAACUGUGAAUCUAAUGUAUAGUUAAGUUUAGGUCAGGUCUAGAAGGUUUUCAUAGUUACUGAACCAGCCGGCAUUUGGGGGUAUUCGUCACUUGUGUGGCAGCUCGAGUUGAACCUACCUGAUCUCGGAAACGGUAAUGUGUCCGUGUUUGAGAUGUUCGGGCAGAGUGGUAACUAAUUACUUGUAUAUAUGGCAUUGAAUAUAACUUUGUGAAGUGCGAUUAUUUUAAUAUCCUAGUCCCAUUUUUGCAAACGUGUUGAGUCUAACCGUCCGACUUCAGAUCUGAAUUAUAUUUCUGUUUAAUCAAAUUACAACAAGAACAAUGAAAAUUGCUAAAAUACGUGUAGCAUGUUCUAUUAUUAUCUAGUCGUUUUUUUGAAACCAGGUUACAUAAAUGAUGUUUUGUUACCUUCAUAAAUUCAAUGCUUAGUUUGACUUCUGGACUCGAUGUGUAUGUGUUUAUAGGCCCUGAUAUUGUUGUUGAGAUUUUAGAGCUGCCUAUUUUUUUGAUAUGUUUACAUUUCAUAUAUCGGUGUUUGCUUCAUUGUUUUGUUAAUGGUUAAUACGUUUUGAAAUGUUUUGUUAUAUGUGUAUUGUUUUCAUUAUUUGUAUUCGUUAUUGAUAUAUGUAACUUGUUCAGAGUUUAUCUUGUUUGAGCUUAGGCAAAGUGCUCAAUUGCGCAAAUAGAGUGACCUCCCGUUGAUCGUCUUCUUUCUCUGUUGUCACCAACUGCUCUUCGUUGCUUGACACAAUCUUUAACAAUGCUCAUUUGGUGGCCCACUAUCAAAGAUGUUGAAUUAAUUGUAUUCUAUUGUAGAUUGAACUGCGAUGACAACGGGAAGAAAUGCUUUAAAAUUUAUUAAUUUGAUGGCCUGAUUUUGAAAUAAUUUCUCCGGACUUGUCCGUUACUAUUUGUAAUCAAUCUGCUGGGUUUCAAUAUUAGGCCUUUACCCAUUUUUAUGCAUGGAUAAUUAUUAUGUUUAACUCAUUUAAUAGUAUAAAUAAAAAAGCAUAUGAUGACAAAUUUAGCAAUAUAUUGGUGCUUUUAUAACUGGGGAAUAUGUAGCCAUGCAGCUAUUAAUUAUGAAAAAAACAUAUAAAGGCUAAUAUUGGUUUAUAUGAACACAAAUCAUAUGGGGAGUUUUUGUUAAUGUUGUUUUUUUUUUAUUCUAAAAACCAAAUGAGUCAAUCAUAAAAGCAUCAAAAUGUUUGUUUUUUGCAUCAACCUGUGUUUUGCGCCUUUAAAAGUUGAAUAUCAUGUGAUGGGGUUGAUGAAUAAUAGAAUAGUUUUUCAAAAAUUGAUUUAAAAUAGAACCCGCAGUUCCUUAAAUGACGCUGAAUUAAGAUUAAAGCGGUUGCAAUUCAACAUGUAUAUGGGCAUCAAAUAGCGGGAUCGGUUUCCCUAUAUAUUACUGUUAUGUUCAAAAUCUUAAAACCAGUGUGAUACGAAAAGACGAUUUUAAGAUUAUUUCACAACGUUAAUGCCUUCAACAAUUGCGGGAACAGGAUUUAUAAAAAACAAACGGACUAGUUGAAUCUCCUUGAUUUUUUUCGAAAUGUCUGUAUAGUUGUACAGGCAUGUUCCGUUGGUUUGUUAACAAACGUGUUUGGAUCUGCAUACGUGUGGAACAUAAUUGAGCGAUUUGGGCCCCUCAAGUGUUCAUUGGAUGUAUUUUUUCUGUUUAUCAAAGUGUGAAUUUAUCUUGAUUUGAAAAAGAUAUGUUUGUUGUUAGAUGUUUAAUUAUCGGAGCAUAAUUUUUGUAUUUCCGUUUAUUUAGUAGGUCAUUUAGAAAAUAUGGCACAAAGUGCGGAAUGUUCAUAACAUGUAUAUACUCAUACCUAUUUAAAUAUGUGAAAAGCCUCACUGUGGUGUUUUGAUAUAUAUAUAUGGCUUUGACAUUAUUUGAUUAUGGUUGUUUGUUUUAUGGCUGUUAUCUUGUAUAGCGUUGCAUAAUAUUAACUGUUUCACAAAUAUGUUACGGGUUUUGUAUGACGUGAUUUGACGUCGCCUUCAUUGCAUGACCUACAUGUAUAGGGAUCUUGUUGUUUGGCGUCAUCGUCAGCUGCGUUGCACUUUUGUCGCCGCAUUUCACAUUUAAUAUUAACCAAACUUGGAUAAUUGAGUUAUCGCAGUUUCAUUCCGAAGUUGAAUUAUUAGAUUUUGAAAACAUUUGUCCACUCACUACCUCCAGUCUAUCAUAUCCAAUGAUUAUCAAACUUUGUGACAAAGCAUGAUAUCUCAAUCUUUAAGAAGUAGAUUGCACAUUUCACUCGGAGGUUAUAGCCUUUGAAUUGUUAUAAUUUAACCAAAUUAACUUCAUUCACUAUUUUAAUUUGAACCUGAACUAAACUUGAUGACGAUGUUUAUGUCACGAACAAGUUCGAUAACAGUCAGAUCAAGUAAUUCGCUUUCAGUUAUAGGUCACAGGCUAACAGACUUUAGAACCGGUUAUCGAAAUCAGGUAUCAGUCAGAUGUACUAUUGGCAUGGCAGUUGAAAGACUCAAUGCGAAGGGCUUAUAAAAUGGGACGUAUGUUGUUAUGUGGUUCAAACUAGUGCGAAUUAAUACUUUUAAUACGUUCAUAAGAUGGUAACGUCAAUGUGAAUUUGAAAGCAAGCCGAAGAAUCUGUAAUAAAUCUUUGUGAGGAACCGAGGGAUAAGGUAAUUAUAGAUCAUUACUUAGGUUAUAAUAGAUAAGUACGCAGAAAAAAGAAAUGUGUUGCCUUACUUUAUCAAUACGUAUAUCCAGACGUCAGGUUUCAUUUAAUUAACCUUGCACUAGCAAGAAAAUUGCGAUAUGAAAGCAUUAUCCAUAUAUCCUAGUUCAUUUAGGUUUAUCAGUAACUGUUAUGAAAGUAAUAUAUAAACAUCUCAAAACAAAUACAUAUAUUGCGCAAUGUUCAUUAUUAUAGUCCUGAAGGAGGGUAUACAUCUCUGCUGUUAUGAAUCUAACUGAUUGAGUAAAAAAAUACAUAACCUUCUCUUAUGAAAUGACAGUCACCUAUCGGUUACAGUUGGGGCCACUCGAACUAUAUUAAGGGUUCGAUUGUUAUUGCCUGUGAACAGAACUUUAAAAGAAGUAACUUCAGGCUUGUUGUGCCUACAACCUUUCAGCAUUUUCGUUAAAAAUGUCAGUCUUUUUACUUCUUUCUUACUUGGGCGCCUCCUUUCUUAUCAUAACCAAAUAUUGGACCAUUGUUUAUGGAUAAAUUGUCUGACCAAUGUAAAAAAACAAACAAAGUCAACCAACAAUAGAUUUUCAGUUACCACAACACAAUCGUAUUUUUAACUGACUAGCUCAUUGCAACUUUAAAACAAUGCAUAUGGGUAUACAAUACAAACAUAGUUGGACUGUGAAUUAUUUAUUAUUUGUUAAAAUAUAAAUAUGCCCCUUCCCCAACUUCAUCAAGUGAUUAUAAAGAGAAAAACGUUAUGUUCAUACUUUCGUGUCAAUUCGUUUCAAUAACUGUGUAAUAGCUCAAAGCAGGCGACAUUUUCCUUCGGCAGGAUUCUAGUUGAUUGUAUAGUUUUAUUAUAGUUUUAUAUUCAUAUUGGGUGAGCAACUUAAAUAUAAACAUGCAUUUUUAAAACAAAUAUAUAUAUACAUUGCUCAAUUUUCAUCAUUAUAUGUUCCUAAAGGAGGGUAAAAAUCUCUGCUGGUUGUGCGUUUCAGCACGUUGCGCGUUCCAACCACUUACCUCCGAGACAAAUGCCAUGCUGUGAAAGGUCUUGAGUUAUGGUAUCUGUUUCAAAACUCCCACUAAACGAAUGGUAUGUUUUUAACUCUUCCAUUUGUUCAGCGGGAGUUAUGAGCUUUAGGUUUCAGUCCUUAUUUAUCCCUUACGUAUAUAAUUACCUCAAUACUUUGCAUUUAAUACACUUAAUAUACGCCUUUUUAAAAAACAGGGCGUAUAAUGGCAUAAAAAUGCGGUAGACGUCAACCAAAGUUGUCAUGUCUAGAAAUUCGCAAUUGCUUUGUCCUAAUUUGAAUAACCAGCAUAAGCAUUUUUUUGUAAUUUAGGAAUUUUUAGCCCUAUAUUUGCCAAAUUUCAAUGUGCCUUUUUGUUAACGUGACUAUUACUCUUCCAAUUUUUAUCUGUUUUAUUGUUUAUGGCCAAAAUAUAUCUGACUGUUCUGAUAACCAUAUUGACUUUGCAACUCAGGAGUUAUGGCCCUUUAUUUGUCAAAGAUUGACCUCAUGCUUCCUUACUUGACUAGUGCUUAUCCAGUGUUUACAACACGUGUGUACACCUUAAUUACAGACAUAAUUAUUCUCUAUUUCCUGCCUGGUCUCUUUUGCCAGGCCUUCGUUAUUGCAUUUGACCCAAUUGACUCGAUCGCUCUCAUUUGUUAUUGCCUUUGACCCAAUUUACUCGAUCGCUCUCAUUCGUUAUUGCCUUUGACCCAAUUUACUCGAUCUAUCUCAUUCGGUAAUGCUUUUGACCCAAUUUACUCAAUCGCUCUCAUUUGUUGUUGACGUUGACCCAAUUAACUCGAUCGCUCUCAUUUGUUAUUGCCUUUGACCCAAUUUACUCGAUCGCUCUCAUUUGUUAUUGCCUUUGACCCAAUUAACUCGAUCGCUAUCAUAAGUUAUUGCUUUUGACCCAAUUUACUUGAUCGCUCUCAUUUGUUAUUGCCUUUGACCCAAUUUACUCGAUCGCUCUCAUUCGUUAUUGCCUUUGACCCAAUUUACUCGAUCGCUCUCAUUUGUUAUUGCCUUUGACCCAAUUUACUCAAUCGCUCUCAUUUGUUAUUGCCUAUGACCCAAUUAACUAGAUCGCUCUCAUUCGUUAUUGCCUUUGACCCAAUUUACUCGAUCGCUCUCAUUUGUUAUUGUUUCUGACCCAAUUUACUCGAUCGCUCUCAUUCUUCAACAUUUGUUUAUCAAAUAUUUAUGCUGUUAUACUUCUGAAACAAAUUAACGUAAUUAAGGCUUUUGUUUUCGCAUUCUCAACAUGAUUGCUGUUUGUUUUUUUAUGACCCAUGGCCGUUUUCAUAAGUUGAUAUAUUUUUUCAAUAAGUUUUACCGAGGUUAUAAUUAUGAAUUACACAAUAAAUAUUUACUAAA